AUGGCACUCACUCCCGCAACAGAGCGUUCCAGCCCCAGCGAAGGACUGUUCCCUCCUCCAAGGCCGUCGAUGAAGAAAUCAAUAGAGGGAUUGCAGAGGUGCAAGUCGGACGUGACCACGAGCAUCGGCGAGAAGCUGAACGAGCUGCAACUGAGUCCCAUCAAUGAGGUGGAGCAGGCGGAGUGCGAGUGCUGCGGAAUGAGGGAGGAGUACACGGUGGGGUACGUGGGGGAGGUGAGGGGCUGCCAUCAGGGGAAGUGGAUCUGUGGGAUAUGCUCUGCGGAUGUGAAGGAGCAGCUGGAGAAGGUGGAGAAGAAGGGGGACAUGGACGAGGCGUUGAGGUGUCACAUGGCGGAGUGCAGGAAGUUCAACGGGACGAUGAGGGUGAACCCCAAGCUCUGCCUGGCGGGGGCCAUGAGGGACAUCGUGAGGAGGUGCAGAGAUGGGGGUGGUGGCCGGGAGGAGGACCGGCGAAGUGGAGGCAGGAUUGGCCGGACCAGCAGCUGCGUUUCGAGAAUUAACCUGGAGAGGGAUCGACUCCACGUAUAG